GAUAACAUUUUCAAUUUGAAAAUGAAGUUUGUACUUUCUUAAAACAUGUUUUGAUAGCUAAAAAUAAGUACUGAGUCCAUCUUAAUUAUUUUGUUCAUGAAAAAUUUUUUUUUUUUGUAGAUUUUUAUUUGAAACAAAUAAACUUUCGUGAAUAUUAUAUUGUUAUCGUAUUGAGGAAAAACAAGAUUCAAUAAUGAACUUCCAUAUUUUAUAUAUUGUUUUGUUUAGUAAUUUGGUGUACUCCAAGGCGAAAUCAUCAUUAUCAUCAUCGCAGUAUACACCAAUAUUUCGACCUAACUUACCGGCUGGGCCUUUUAAAAUAAAAGUUACAGCAUAUAUGCCUUGUGAUUUCAAUUAUGAUCAUCUGAUUAACUUUAAUCAUUAUUUGAGUAAAACUUCUCCAACCAGAUAUGAAAUUAUGGGCAAUCUAACAUUUUUAAUCCCUUUUGAUGAUUCAUUGACUAUGAACUUAAAUUACGCUGUAAAAGGAUCAAACGGCGGCUGGAUUAAGAACUCGCAUUUAAUAGUUAUUAAAAACGCUUGUAGUUCAUUAAAAUCGCAUUUGGGCAAUCGUUGGUUAAAUUAUACUACAGCUUUUCAUUUCAAAGAAACUGAUUGUCCUAUAUCACCAGGAGAUUAUGUAUCAUCUGGAAUUGACCAAAGCAUAUUCGAAUACAGUGAUGUACAAAAAUAUUUUUUUUAUGGGGAAUACAAAGUUACUCAAACUUUUAUUAAUUCUUCAGGCGAUAUAGUGGGUUGUAGUGAAUCUUUGCAAAAUAUUGUACGUCCUUGGGAAUGAUUAAACAAAUGUUAAA